CAUCACUGUCUGGUCACUCCUGUCUCCUCAUUCAACCAGACACACAGAACCAACCACAGUAGCCUGUCGCGAGUCUGACUCAAAAGCAGUUGAUCUAUAGAUUGACCAUCCGGCUCAUGCACCAUGUCUUUCACGUUUGUUGUCAUUACAAUGCUUCUCGGCUCUUCAGUGGUUAUCGCAUUUGUCUUGCAGCCAUCCAAAGAAGAACCUGCAGCCUCUGCAAAUGCUCCUGUUUCCUACCACAGAUGCCAGCAUGAGUCAUUGCAGUCCAUCAGGAAGAGUCUCCUCGGGGCUCUCAACUUGCAGACUGAGCCACAGCUGCCUGCUGGUGGGCUGGAGGGGGUCAGAAAGCAAUGGUGGAGCACCUUCAGCAGCAAUGCCCACAGAGCCAUGGACACUGCUGUUCCAGCAGUCUCUGGGUACUCUGUGUCACCUGAUGAUGGAAACAGUACGAGUGAACUGAAGUGCUGUUCCAUGGCCCAUGAGAUCUUCAUGAAAGAUCUGGGCUGGGACAACUGGGUGAUCCAUCCUGCCAGCCUUACCAUCGUUCAGUGUGCCCUCUGCAACCCCAAAGCGAACACUAUGCAAUGUCCAUCAUCCCGCACCGAUGUCCAGGAUGCCAACUCACAGGGCCAGGUGCAAUGUUGUCAGCCCAUCGCCCAGGAAAUGGUGCCUGUCGUCUACGUGAAUGAAUUCAGCACCCUCGUCAUUUCCUCCGUGCAGCAGACCCGCAGCUGCGGCUGUGGACAUAGCAACCUCCAGCAACCCACCCAAGAGUAAAGUUUUUUUCAUAGUCCAUAGCAUGUGACAUCUGCGAGCCACCUGGCGCACACACAAAAACACAAAAUACAGAAAAGGUGUAAAUACGGUACAUGCUGGCCUUUCGUCUCUCUCAAACACUUGUGUAGACUAUGUCUCUUUAGUUUUAGAUGUUAUCUUAGAUCCUUACAGUGUGUAUUCAACACUGAGCACGGGAACCAAAGCAAAGUCUUCCAAUUUGUCUAUUCGUACCAGAAAGAAUGAAAGAAUGCCAGCACAGAUUUGUUGAGCCAUAAACAUAAAACUGAUACAUUUUAAUAAAACUCAUGAGAUGAUGAUUCCAAUUUACAAUUGUUUGCUACUGUGUUUUAUGUUAACAGUUAGUAACAAUUAAGCUUAGGAAGAUUUUGCAGGGCAAUAACAACUGCAGUUCUGUGGGUAAAUUAGUUAAGUAUUUCUCUUGCACCAGGAACUGGACGUGAAGUGCAGCUGACACUCGUGUGCUAAAUGCUGCCACUUUAAUCUGAUAAGUACAGAGUGCUAUUUAAAGCUACUAACUGUUACUGAGUGUUCCCUCCAAAAAUGUGAGACUUUCCAGAGCCAAAUCCUGUCACAGGCCAGUUGCCUCUUAUCUGUGAAAUGACCAUCUCAUCUUAUGAGUAAGAGGCCAGUUUAAUCCCAAUGAAAACAGAUGGUUGUGCAUUUAAAGUGGUGAAAAUGUAAUAAUAAAUUGUGUAUGAUUGUCAUUUUGAGGGUUAAACGUGUUUUGCAGGGAGAGUAAUAGGAGAAGAUUGUGUUCACCAGCUAAACUCUCUGCACCUAAAACUUAGUAUCAGUUUCUUCUGGAUAUGAACAUCUGUUCUGUGCUUUUCCACGAACAUCGAUUGGCCAUGCUCCAGCUUCACGUUUCAACUGUCCAUUGGUUAUAUGAAAGACACACUUAGAAUAUUUGGUUGUUUUUUACUUUAACACAUAUUUUGUUUGUUAUUUUGUUAUAUGCUCACUCACUUUACAAAGUUACCUCACCAUUCACUUUUUCAUGUAUUUUCACAAGUGAUCACCUCCACCUUAAUCAAUGCAUUUUGAUUAAAUGCAAACAGUUUCAUUGUGCUUAUGACCCUGCUAUGAUAUUGUAACCAUUUGUACCAAUUUACAGAUUUCUUGCUCACAAUUAUUUGAAUAAAGAUGAUUGAAAUGAACACCCACAA